AGAGAGGCGGGGCAUAGGGCAGAGAGGCAUGCGCUUCGGAGUCUGCUACUCUGCUUCCAUACUGCUUGCUUGGUGGCAACGCGAGCCGAGUGAAGGCAGGUCAAAGAAGAAUCAAUGGCGGGAGGAGAACAGCCUGAAGCAAGUUCCGUUGUUUCUGAUCUUAUCGACUUUCUUAACGCUUCUCCCACAGCCUUCCAUGCAGUUGACGAGGCAAAGAAGCGGUUGAAGAACGCAGGAUUCGAGCAAGUCUCCGAGAGAGAAGACUGGAAACUACAAGUCGGGAAGAAAUACUUCUUCACAAGAAACUACUCCACCAUUGUUGCUUUCGCGAUCGGGAAAAAAUAUGUUGCUGGAAACGGGUUUCAUAUUGUUGGUGCACACACCGACAGUCCAGCUCUGAAACUCAUGCCCGUUACAAAGGUAGCUAAAGGAGGAUAUUUGGAGGUUGGUGUCCAGACAUACGGAGGUGGGUUGUGGCAUACGUGGUUUGAUCGCGACUUAUCUAUUGCAGGCAGGCUGAUGAUAAGGAAAGGAAAAGGUGAUUCCGCUUCUUACUUCCAUCAACUUGUGAGGAUAGAGGAGCCUAUAAUGAGGAUUCCUACUUUGGCGAUUCACUUAGACAGAGGUGUUAAUGACGGAUUUAAGGUGAACCCACAAAGUCAUCUCGUUCCAGUGUUGGCAACAUCAAUUAAGGCUGAACUCAAUAAGUCGGUGGCUGAGAAGGGUGAUAACAAGAAGCAUCAUUCACUUCUAUUAGAGCUUCUUGCAGCUCAGGCCGGAUGUGAACCAGAUGAAAUAUGUGAUUUUGAGUUACAAUUAUGUGAUACUCAGCCAAGCACUAUAGCUGGUGCUAUGAAAGAAUUUAUCUUUUCAGGAAGGCUUGACAACCUUUGUAUGUCGUUUUGCUCUUUAAAGGCAUUGAUCGAUGCGACAUUGCCUGAAAGUAGUCUUGAGGAUGAGACUGGUAUAAGGAUGGUGGCAUUGUUCGAUCACGAGGAAGUGGGGUCUUCUUCAGCACAGGGAGCCGGAUCUCCUGCCAUGUUGGAUGCUCUGGCAAGGAUCACAAAUUCUUUCAGCUCAUCGGAUGCCAAGCUUCUUGAGAAAGCAAUACAGCGGAGUUUCCUUGUUUCUGCUGACAUGGCACAUGCCCUACACCCAAAUUAUAUGGACAAACAUGAAGACAAUCAUCAACCAAAGUUGCAUGGAGGGCUUGUCAUCAAACACAACGCCAAUCAGCGUUAUGCAACCAAUGCUGUCACUUCAUUUUUAUUCCGAGAAAUUUCUGAGAGGCAUCAGCUUCCUAUUCAGGAUUUUGCAGUCCGAAAUGACAUGCCUUGUGGUUCAACCAUUGGUCCUAUACUGGCAAGCGGAGUGGGAAUCCGAACAGUUGAUGUUGGGGCUCCACAGUUAUCAAUGCACAGCAUAAGAGAAAUGUGCGCUGUUGAUGAUGUGAGGUAUUCUUAUGAACAUUUCAAGGCUUAUUUUCAGGAGUUCUCUCAGCUUGAUGCUAAAGUUUGCGUGGAUGUUCAACUCUGAGCUCUCAACCAUACCUUUGUGGGCUUAAUACUAUUAAUCCUGAAAAUUUAUCUGUUUGCUUUUAGUUCUAUUAUCAGUUGUAAGGAUAAUCAUGAAGAUGAUUGUAUAUUUGUAUUUGACUUAUUGAUUCUCAUGCAUUAAAUGCGUU